GUAUCCUUAAAGACCCCCGUUCUUGUUUUCCCGUUCACCGUACCGUCGAACCAGACAUUCUCACAUGGAGUCUGUAGCGGUGGAGUAGUGGGAAGGAGAGCGAAGUGGUCCACACCGCCUGUCCCCACCGGUUUUUCCCUUCCUUCCAAUCAACACAUUCUUCAUUGCAUUCCCAUUUCCCCUCUCCUAUAAAACUCAUUGCUUUCUUUCUUUUCCUCUCAUCAGAACAACGGAUCAGAGUCGAGACUUGACUGGUUUGCUUUUCCUUCGCCUGAGAAUUACGUCAGCGACUACCUACCGGAACUGUGACAAUGCUUCGCUGCGCGCAGUCUUCGCCUGAGAAUAAUAAUGUUUCCUACUCCGCCGCCGAUUUGAGCGUACUGGAAAGGCAGAGGGCCAUUUUCCAGCGUCUUUACCAGCCCAUUAUUCAUGACAAUCACCUCGCCGGCGCCGGGGCUCCGGCCCCGGAGAAUCCCUUUCCGGCGUUGCUAGACGGUAAUUUGACUAACUUGGCGUCGCUCUGGCACGCCGAGGAAAACUCCCCGAACGCCGUCGUGGACGUGCAUGGGAGAGAAACCGGGAAAUUGUCGCGUUCCAGUUCAUCUAUAACGGCGGCGGCGGUACCGACGUCGUCAAAAGCAAACGACCAAAACGCCACCCCCGGCGGCGGCAGAGCUAACGGAACCGCGACGUCGACGAGAAAGAGGAAAGCAGAGCAUUGCUUGGAAGAUAAGAAAUGGGAAGGAGAAACCACCGACGUUCAAUCAGAAAUCACCGUGAAAUGCGAACGGGAGACUUCCGGAAGCUCUGCUUCCAAAGAGAACAAGAAAUCCUCCGGCGGCUCCGGCGAAGACGUUCAAAAAUCUGAUUACAUUCACGUCAGAGCUCGCCGUGGCCAAGCCACCGACAGCCAUAGCUUAGCAGAGAGAGCAAGAAGGGAGAAAAUUAGCAAGAAAAUGAAGUGCCUACAGGAUUUAGUUCCGGGGUGUAACAAAGUGGUCGGAAAAGCAGGAAUGCUAGACGAAAUCAUUAACUACGUUCAAUCUCUUCAGAAACAAGUCGAGUUCUUGUCUAUGAAACUAGCGGCCUUGAACCCCAGGCUGGAAUUCAACAUGGAUAACUUAUUUCCAAAAGAGCUACCGGCGUACAUGGGCAGCUUUCCGGCGGCGGCGGCGGCUAUGCCGUUAGAAGCAGUUAAUGCAGCAUUCCUCCACUACAAUCCGUUGCAACAGUUUGCUACAGCCACCAGCCGCGGCGGCGCCGCCAGCAUGGAAACUGAUAUGGUUAGAUCAGACGUACAGAUAAUGUUGCCCCACCACCAAAGAAAAGAAAAUAAUCCAUCUGAAUCCAUCCCGGAGGCCUACCUCGAUUCCUCAUAUUUUCCGCAGCUGCAAGGUUGGGAAAGUGAGUGCUGGCAAACCCCUUUUAAUGGCAGCUUUCACUGAUUAGGAAACCAUGAAUUGAAGGUGGCACUCAUCAUCAUCAUCUUCUUCAUUUACCCUAUUUAUCCGAGGUUGAAAGUGCAGAAUAAUCUUGAGAUAGAGUACAGCGUUCUUGAAGAUUAUCGAUUAACAACACUAUAUCAUCUUUUUCUUUUUUUUUUUUGUUUCUCAUUAAAAUUCUUUUCUGCCUAGCUUCGAGUUUUGACCGAUUGAGCAGAUGAAUUUGUAUGCAUGUAUAGCCCAUAUAUGUUGCAAAAUGUCACUGAUGCAGUAUGUAAUAAACUAUAAUUUGGUUAUAUAUGUAUGUAUUUUCUUGGUAUCAAUACACAA